AUGGCAAUUAAGGUCACUAAACUUUACACUGAUGUUAAUAGGAAUUCGCUGUGCAUUCUUGAAGAUAUUGACGAAUGCAAGGAAGAAACGUAUUACUGUCCGAAGUUUUCAAGGUGUAAAAACAAGAAUGGUAGUUAUGAUUGCCCUUGUAAAGAUGGAUUUGAAAAGACCGCGCAAGGAACAUGUUCAGAAAUUUGCACUCCGAAGUGUGAUGAGAACUCUUAUUGUGAAAACGGAAAGUGCCUGUGCCGAAGAGGAUUCUCUCUGGGGUUUGACUAUACGUGUCAACCAAGUAAAGGUCUCUUAGGAUCAGGAAUGUCGCUCCAGUCUCCAGCUAUACUCCUCACGGCUGCACUGCUGUGGUGGCUGGCCUUGAUGUAACAUUUGAGUUGCUUUUUACCUUUUUUAACUUCCUUAUUAGUAUUUUUCUAACUCCUUACAUUGAUUAUGUACGUUUUGCAAGGAAUACGCACCAAAUAUACUGAUCCAUUGCUCUGCUGAUGAAAUUUGUAAGACAAUGUUUUGAUUUGAUAUAUAUUACACUGAGUUUUCCCCAGGAAGGUUUCCAGGAUUUACUUUAAAACCAAGCAUAAAUUGAAAGAAAAAAAGUGUUCCAAGCCAUUUAAUGAGAAAGAUUUUGUUUACUUUACAUUACAUAACUAUCACUUUAUCACUAGCUUAACAUAGGAAAGCUUUAUAUGUGUAGUCAUGUCUAUCUGUCAUUGAAUACAAGCGAACAAUAAAA